UGCGCUUGCGCUGCACGUAUUUCCGUGUUGUGACUUUCGUUGCUUUAAUAAAGGUUGCAAAGGGAUCGCAGCGCCUGUGGACGCCAAAAAAAAAGGAAGAAGCAGACAUCAAUCCAGAACUAUAUUUCAGCAGCAUCGCGGUUCCUUUUAUUAAGAGAGUUUGGUAGGCGGUUUGCGUGGGGUGUGUGUGUGUGGUCUAUCAGGAUCUGAAUUAUUUCGGUCGCAGGGCUUUCGAAGGGAAUUGGGUGAAAAUAAAAAAAGAACUGGAAUAUGGCAGGAUGAGCUGUGCCAUGUUCUUACUUGGCUUUUAGCUUUUAACCCUUUCUAGUGCUUGCCAGUGCAAAGCGGCUCCUGGCCAGACCCUGGAUGCAGCAGCCGGAUCGCUGCUGUGGUCUAUUGUGUCAAGUUUCUAUUCCUGAGAGGGUCAGUAUGAAUUACAGAGAAAUUAUGCAUCCAGUUGGCUGCAGUAACACUGGCUGCUGUGAGCCGGAGAAGGAGGUGACAUUCACUGCUGAUGACGUGAGCAGCAAUGACCACUUUGACUUGUGUUCUUCCCAACCGGACAAACUUUAUGGAAACAGCUAUAAGCCGAUGAGCUGCGUAAAACAAGAAUCGCUGGAGGAGCCAAAUUCACAAAUGGGUGUUGGAAGAAAUGCAGAAGCUCAGAAUGACCUGAAAAGAAGGAAAAACAUUUUUCGAGCAGGGAAACGAGGACGGCCAUCAGGGACGACGAAAGCUGCUGGGUACAGAACCAGUACAGGCCGACCUUUGGGAACAACAAAGGCAGCGGGUUUCAAGACCAGCCCAGGCAGACCUUUAGGAACUACCAAGGCAGCGGGAUACCGGGUCAGCCCAGGAAGGCCCCCAGUGUUUAACAGGCAAAGGCAAGACCGAAGGAAAACUCAACAACCAGAGAGUUAAGCAUUGUACUUUAACGCUUCUACAUAAUCACAAUUGGACAUGCAAAAGGUUUGAUUGACAACUAGGGUUGAUUGACAACUCCAUGAAUCGUUCCUAGAAAGGCAGGUUCUCACAUUUAUUAAACAUAUACUGCUGUAAUGGUAACACUGAUGUUUUCAUCUAAAGUAUUCCAUGAAUGCAUCUUUAAAGUUUAAUUACAUUAUUGUGACAUCCCUUGCAGCUGCCUAUUGUCACCAAUCUGUGAAUUGAAACAUUUUCUACGGUCAAGAACAUGCCUUGGACUGGUUUUAUAUAUCCAACAACUCUGUUUCCAAAUCAGAAAUCUGUGUUUUCUGUAUCAUAAUAAAACCAAUUUUUCCAGAAGUAUUUGCAGACAUUUCCUAACUAGACUUGUAAGAGAUCUGUAUCUGAAGGUGAUUUAAUAUUUAUAACUUAAAUUCUGAAAAUAUAUAAGGAAGCUUAGAGCAUUUAUCCGAGUAACAAAAACUCUUGCUCAAGUUUUGUAUUGGCAGAUAGGUAAUUUGUCGAUAACAUGGAUACUGUAUUUUCUGGACAUUAAUAGGUGUCUACCACCAGAUGCUGCUACAGUGCCGAAGAUCAUUAACUAUGAAGAAACUUUAGUUGUAUUUCUCACAAUUUGGAUAUAUGUUGACGAACGGCAUGCUUCAACUUUACUGUUACAUGUAAUGUAUAUACAACUGGCUCAUCAGAACACUUGUAUGUAAGGGACAUAUUUUGACCAGUAUAGUUACAUGAAAAACUGUUUCAUAUUUUGACAAAUACUUGUUAUAAAAGUUGGAAAGCAUGAUUAUUAUUAUUUUUUUUGUUUUGAAAGCUCUUUUAUUGGAGAAUUCCUUGAUAGUUUCAUGGCUAAAUGAAUAAAAUGUCUUUAAGGAGGCAAGUCCAAAAUGUCAUACUCUUUAUGACAUUAGUUCAUUUUGACAGAGGUGGCAGCAUGGGUGGGAUAUAGAGAUGUGGUUGCAUCUGGCUGUGACCUUCUGUACCUCUGCUUAACAAGCUGUUAAUCUGGUUAGGCAGCCUUCAGAUGGAUUAUUUUUUUAAAUAUUUAUUGAUCUAAAAAUUAAAAAUUUUAAAUUAAUUAAUUAAAUUCUAAUUAAAUCUGACCUCCAAGUUACUGGUCUGUAAGUAAUCAGACACUUGUCCUCUACUCCAGUGUUUGAAUAUUUCUUGAAUGGAAUUUAAAUAUAUAUUCACAAGAAAUGCAGUAACUUACAAUUUUCUCAUUUGAAAUGGUAUGUUUUUAAAUUUUUCAAAUUAUACCCUUGUAAUAAGCUAGACAUCUACAUUGUACUAGUUUAUUUUUGAGAAUCCUCUGAUUUCACCUCCGUCUGCACCCCUUUCCAAAAUUGAAAGAAAAAUUGUAAUCGUAACUUUCUCAUACAUUGUCACUUCAACUGCGUGUUGGUGAGUAAAAAUUUAUAGCUUUUAAUAAAAUAGUUGAUAGUUGCCUGAUAUGUUCACAGACAAUUUGAAUUCAGUUUUGCAUGUUUGCUUCUUUCUCACUUAGGAUCCUGAUGUUGACUGUUCUACAAAGGGAAAGUGCCAAGCUGAGGCCUUUAGCUAUCCUUUUUUGAGGGGGAAAACACACCUUUUGAGAGAGAGCUAAUACUGUUUGCUGUUGUGAACUAAUAGCUGGCACGAAAAGCUUUAUUAGCUGACCUCUCUGAGCAGAUGUCCAGCAUCUGUUUUCAGCCUGAUCAUACCAAACUACCAUCGAAAUUUCUAUUUUCUUGUUGUCUUUUUCCUUUGGAACUUGAACUGUAAUCAUUUUCUUUGCUUUCAAAACUGCUCACUAUUUUAAUUUUUGACUGGACUCUACUAGAUUUGAGUUAAUCUAUAUUUAUUUAUUCUUUUUCUACCCAGUCACCAUUUUCUUUUUGCAUCUUCACUGAAAUUGUUGGCGUGUAAUCUCUGGCACACCCAUUUUAUUUUCUCUAACUGUUAAAAUAUUUAAGGUUUCUGUGAGGAUCUGUAGCUUGCGUUGUUGUUGAAGUUGUUGGUUGUUCAGCUGAGCCGGUUGAUUUUUCUGCAAUCAUUUCGUGCCCCUGCAAGGUGACCUCAUCAGUGCUGUGUAGCCUCCAGAUGAAGCACUAUUGUCAUGAACUGCACAAAGUUUAUAUGGUUCUGUCUGUCAAGGUGGGUGGUUCUAUUUCCGGUUUUGUGCUGUAGUGGUCUGUAGGUGGGGUCCAUUCCUUAAUCAAUAGUCUCCUUGCCAGUUUCGAUGGUGCUUGCAAGCAUCAGUGAUACAAAAGGGGAGAGCAAUUUUUUCAGUCAUACUCUUUAUAAUAGCAAAGCCGACCAUUGUGCAACAAUUGUUAUGGUGUGUAAUACUUGUAUUUUGUUGUUUUGAAAGAACGAUUGGUAUUUCUUUCUACCGUGAGUCUACAUAGGUAUAAUUUGGAGCUUCUGAAACUUCUGUAUUAACUUUGUAAACUCCUCUAAAAACAUAAAAAUUGCAAAGAUCACAGAGUUCUUUUAAUUGGGGAUGUAAUUGAUUUUUAGCAGUUGCAUAAAAAAAGAGGCAUUUGCAAAGCUUGGGCAAAUAACAUAGAAAUUUGUAUUGGGUGUAAAAUGUAUGUUUACAUUACUGCCAAAGAUCAAUUUCACUUCCUGUCUGAGGAUAUUUUUGCACCAAUCACUUGGGAUGUAAGGCCAAUACAUUUUUAAAUUGCCAAUGUACGAGUUUUAAAAAGUCUAUUACCCAAAAUCCCAGGUGCACACAAGAAGCAGAGUUGUCUUACAGACUAAAUGUGCAAUAUCGAUUUGGCAUUUCAGAUAGUGACUAUUAUAAGAAAAGUGAUUAGGACAUCCUGCCCUAACAAAGAAGCCUAACUUAGAGUUGCCUGUCUCGAGUGACAUCUGGGAGCACUUGAGUUUCAUCCUAGAUAGUGUGACUUUGUGUCACAUGUGCUGUCAGGCAGAUGAAAAGUGACAACUGGUGUAAAAAGAUGGCUUGAAAAAGUAAGACAAGCUCGUAAUAGGUUGACCAAGAUCCGAUAUUGAUGAUGUAGGUUUUGUUUCCUUAUGUCGCAGUUUAUGCAAGAACAAUUCUCAAAAGGGUUAGUUAGACUGAGAUGGAAGUGAGCUUAGUUACACCAAGUUUUCCUGAGUCAUCUUAUUAAUAUAGUUAUGGUGCAGGUUCUGAUAUUGUAAUAUACAUUACAAUGCUGAGAUUGGAGACUAAAGAGAUUGGGACAAAUAAUUGCAUUUUUUUAAAAAACACCUGAACUAAUUUGUAGUCUUUGUCAAGACUGAAGAGGCAAAGGACUAAAGAGAUGAGCAAAACCUAAGGAUGCCCAAAGGGCUGGCUUGUCUGAGAAGGUAAGUACACAAUACUCAAUUUGAUGAAUAUUUAAGUGUCAAGUGAUGUUGUGUGAAGUACUUUGAGGUGGAAUAUUGGUGAAUUGUGGGGCAUAAAAGUUUGCUGAUUAGAAAAAAAUCUCCUGAUUUUACUUGAAUUCUUUGUUGGUUGGCUUAAAUCUGAUUUCCUUUGUUAUUGAUCCUCCUGCCAGUAAAAAAAAAAAGUUCCCUUCUCAUUCACUCUAUCAAAAUUGUUCUUCGUUUUGAACACCCCAGUUACAUCCCCGCAUAACCUUCAGCCCAUUUGUAUUACUAAAUAUGCUAUUCUAUGCUAUGUAGUAGUUUAAAAUGUCCUUAAAGCACAGCUGGGCUGUCUAUGAAGCAGCCACUGCCAAGAUAGUUCCCAUGGUCAUUGCCAAUAAAUAAAUCGAGAAAUUAUUGACAGUUUGGUUUCAUUCAGUUAGGAACCCUGCAAAUCUCAUUUUUGCAGUACCAUUGAAAGUGCAUCAAACUGUCAUUAGAGUGUAUCUAAGAAAGGUUCAGAUACCAAAGACACCUGUAGAUCAUCUUGAUGCGUGUGUGUGUGUGUGCGCGCGCGUGCGUGUGUGUGUGUGUAAGUUAGUUCACCAAAAAUCUGCUGUAGGGAACCAGCCAAUUCCGUCACAUGAAGACCCAGGUCAGAAAAUCUUGAUCUUGAGUAGAUGUCAUUCUCAGAGUGUCAGCUGACAAAGCUGGUUUUCCUUUUACCAAGAGGAAUAUCAACCCCAAACCUAUUCCCUGUCAAUGUUGGGCAUGUCUCUGUCCAUUUGCUAAUUCAAAUAUAUAUGUGCAUUAGCUGUGUUAGAACAUCCAUGGAGCCAGACCUUCCUCCUUGACUCUUACCUUUUUUUAAUCAACCACUUCAUUUCGAAGAAUUCUCAUUGGGGAAACAAGCUACUUGUGGUAAUUGUCCAAACAAAAUAUUUGACAAUUGCCAUAAAAUCAUAUCAACCCCACCAACUGGUGAAAUAAAAUGCUAAGGAAUGUUUAACAGAUUUGGCUUUUCAUAAUGCUAUGUCCUUUCCAUGACCUCCAGGAUACUUACAGCUGCUUAGCAACCACAAACACUCAUUUAAGAUUAUUCUUCUUUGUUUGAUGUGCUGAACAUCAGAAAUUCCUAAUUAGCCUACUUUUCUUGUCUCAGUUUUUUGUGUUACUUUCGAUCUUCAUGGUCCAUACUGUUUGUUCUCUACACAGUCUUUGCUCUGGGACCUAAUGAACAUAUUAGAAUUUAGCCUUAUUAUAGUAAAUAAUUAACCAUUUCAUUUCCAGUUGUAAAUGAGUAAUAAUAGUCCUGCUGGUCUCCCUUCACUAGUGGAUUCAAUUUUUUUUAAAAUGAAGCUUCUUAACAUGAAUGACAUUGAAACUUGUAUGUGAGGAAACUGAUGAAAGACAUCGGGGAUUAUAAUAGACCCUUUAGAAUAUAUUCUUGCCUAUUAUGUUGCUUGGUUGUAUUGGUGGCAUUUAAUUUCCUUCACAUAAUUUAUUACUUUUUCAGUGUCAGUUUGCUCAUUAGCUCGAACAAUGCCGUAUAAUGGGGAGGAUGCAGUUUGCAUAAGUCAUUUGAACCUUUUCAGACUUUUAGUGUAUUUCAUGAGCUGUUCAACCAUGUUAUGUAAUAACCAUAAUUUAACUUUACACUUUGAUUUCCUGACUUUUUUUUAGGCUGCAGAGUCUGUCAUGACAUUGCCUUUAAGAGAUAACAGGAGAGUGAUCAGAUUGUAUUUAUGAUAAUUGUUCACCUAUAUUAAAGACUGAAAGGAAUUAGCAAUAGAGGCCUUUUUAAAAAAAUAACACUAAAGGAAUAUGUAUAGCGUAUAUAUGGUGAAUUGUAUAAAUCAAAACAUUGUGAUCAUAUGAAGAGCAGUAUAAUGUCUGCCUGUUUGAUUGUCAUCUAAUGGAAAAUACUGACAUUUAGCAUUCACCAAGCGUUAUAUAGUUAUUUCUGAAACAUGCAAUGAUGUCCUUGUUGCUUUAUUCUGCUUAAAAAUAUCUUGUAUUCACUGCUUUGUAAAUAUUUAUAAUAAAUAAAACUUUUUA